AUCCCCUGGAGCUCUGGAAGCUGGCUUCUCCUCUCCCUUGGGAAGCUACAGUGUAGCACAGGACCCUCACCCGGCUCACUGUGUGCUCCGGGGUGGGUCAUGCGCCCCGGUGAGCAACAAGUUGUUUAUGCUCUUCGUUUCUGAAAAGUCAUAAGACAAAGGCAAGUUGAAAAACGAAAGUGAAAUCAGCUGAUAGGGACAAAUGUACCAAAGUUCAGAGAGUUGUUUACUUGGACACCGCUGCGAACGCAGGCGAGACACUAGCUGCCUGCAGCUCUGUCCUAGCUCCCGGAGCCUGACGUUGGAAAGCAGCCCAGGAGCGAAUCCACUCCCCGAAGCCGAUUCCCUGUGCCACCUUUUGAUGAGUGUUCGUGGGCUCUGGCCUCGGUUUUCGUCGCCCUGCGAGGGCAGAAGAAAUGGCCAUCUCCAGGCCGUGGCGGCGCAACUGCCUGCCCUUCGCGGGAAUCGUGGUCCUCGUGGCUGUGACCCUCUCCCUGAUGGCCUACGCUCUCCUCUGGAAGGCUGGCAACCUCGCUGACCUGCCUAACCUGAGACUCGGCUUCUACAACUUCUGUCUGUGGAAGGAAGGCUCUGGCUCCCUACAGUGUUACAACUUCCCCGAGCUGGAGGCCCUGGGGGUUCCUCGGGUUGGCCUAGCCCUGGCCAGGCUCGGUGCGUAUGGGGCCCUGGUCCUCACAAUCUUUGUCCCUCUGCCUCUCCUCCUUGCCCAGUGCAACAGCGAUGAAGCAGAGUGGCGGCUGGCGGUGGGCUUCCUGGCGGCGGCCUCCGUGCUGCUGGCCACAGGACUAGGCCUCUUCCUCUCCUUCGUGUGGAGGUGGGUCAGGCUCGCCUUCCUGGGGUCUGGCUUUCUGGCUCUGUGCCUGGCCCAGGCCUUGCUCGUCUUGUUGCUCAUGGCCACGGUUAUGUUCCCUCCACGGGGGAAGAAGGACGAGAGCACGUGGGAGGGCUGCUAGCCCAGUCCAAAGGCUUACGGGAUCACAGGGCUUCGGUUCCAGCGGGGCUCCGGGAAGGCGCCAGCGGACCUGGGACUGGGUGGGUCCUCUCGAGCACCUUGUUUCAUAGCUGGUGUGGAUCUCAAGCCCAGGCAGACGAGAACCGUAAGGACACCAGAGGCAGCAUGGGUGGCUGCGGCACUUGCGGCGUCUUAGUGUCCUUCCAUGCUCCGGAGGGCUCCAAAACCAGGUAGCUCACUGGCACGCGGGCCCCUGCCUGAAAUUAUGGCUCUAGCCUCAGGCAGGUGAGAUCCUGACUGCCAGAGGCCAGAUUCCCAAGCCAGUCUGCCAAAGUGCCAAACAAGAACUCUGUGAAACUUUACGGCAGCAAGGGGACCUUAGAAGAAACCGCUUUGCCAUCCAGUCCUGCUACCCAGCUCCUGCCCCUCCUGUGAUGCCCCCCCCCCGCACCAGCACUGCAGCCCCAGAGGUCCAGGAGCAGCCUCAGAAGGACUCAGCUAAGCAGCACAGGGCACAGGAGAAGCCUCGCUGGCCCUGUGGGGUCCCCUGAACGGGUCCCUGGACCUGGUGCCAGACCGGAGGCAGCUGUGUUCCCGUGAGCCAGGAAUGCAGAUGCAAGGCGUGCCGAAGCCUGGAGAUGACCGGGACAGAAGAGCCGACUGCACGCAGACACGCCCGCACCCCCUCACCUCCCCCAGAACCAGGCCCCGGGGCUCACUAUGUAGUCCUCAGGGUCUGUACGGCACAAAACCUACAUGGCAACGAGUUCUCCAUCCUGUGCUCAUCAAAAGCCACAGUGAAUACAAGGAAACAUGGA